AUGUUGACUCAGUAUUACACCAUUUUAACGAUUAUAGAUGACACAUUCGACAGAUAUGCGUCUCUUCCUGAGGCUGAAAUCCUCGCCAAUAGCUUGGAAAGGUGUACUCCCGAUCAUGCCAUGGAUAACCAACCUGAAUAUUUGAAAGCCGUACUAAACUUUAUAUUGGAUACUUUAGAAGAUUUUGAAAAAGAACUUAGGUCGGAAGGAAAAACUUACAGUGUGGAAGCCAAUAUAGAAGAGUUCAAGGCAGCUGUGAAAGCCUACUUUGAACAUGCAAAAUGGGCACAUGCCGCUCACCUGCCUAGCUUUGAGGAGUACAUGGAGGUAGCUGAGGUGGAGAUCGGAGUAGGUCGUCUUAUGAAUGAUAUAACCGGUUUUGAGGAUGACAUGAGUAGAGGACAGCUCACGAAUGCAGUCAACUGUUAUAUGAAGCAGGAUGGAGUUACCAAACAAGACGCUUUAAGAGAGCUACAUAAAAUGGUUGCAGAUACCGAUAACAUAAUAAAUGAGGAGCUCUUGACGACAGCUGGUGUGUCAAGUUUGGUUCUCAAGACAGUAAUGGGUCUUGCACAAUCGAUCACCGUCUGCUACAAUGGAUGUGAAGGAUACACUCGCCCCGAAGGAAAAAUCAAGGAGUACAUGACUUCUAUGUAUGUUGAUCAGAUUCGUCUUUAA